GCCGCCGCAGCUGCGUACCGGCCAUGGAGCACCGCAUCGUAGGGCCCGGUCCGUACCGGGCUACCAAGCUGUGGAAUGAAACAGUUGAGCUUUUUCGUGCUAGGAUGCCCUUACGGAAACAUCGCUGUCGUUUCAAAAGUUAUGACCGUUGCUUCACGGCGGCCGAAGCUGUGGAUUGGCUGCAUGAGCUCUUGAGGUGCAGUCAGAACUUUGGCCCUGAAGUGACCCGCAAACAAACGGUUCAGCUGCUGAAAAAGUUCCUCAAGAAUCAUGUUAUUGAAGACAUCAAGGGAAAAUGGGGUCAGGAAGAUUUUGAAGACAAUCGUCACUUGUACAGAUUUCCUCCUUCCUCACCCCUGAAACCAUAUCCAAAGAAGCCUACAUACCAAAAGGAUGUUAUUAAAUUUCCGGAAUGGAAUGACCCCCCACCAAGCACUUCACAAGAAAACAUCCCAGUGAGGCCAGUUGUGAUGACCUCCGAGAUGUGGUACAAGAGGCACAGUAUUGCCAUCGGAGAGGUGCCGGCUUGCCGUCUCAUCUGCCGCAGGCAGCUGACAGAGGCCAACGUGGAAGAGAUAUGGAAGUCCAUGACAUUAGCAUAUUUACAGAAAGUCCUUGGCCUGGAUUCUUUGGAAGAAGUCUUAGACAUUAAACUGGUCAACUCCAAGUUCAUCCUCCAUAAUGUGUAUAGUGUGAGCAAGCAGGGAGUUGUCAUCCUUGAUGACAAAUCAAAAGAGCUUCCUCAUUGGGUACUGUCAGCUAUGAAGUGUUUGGCAAAUUGGCCUAAUUGUUCAGAUUUGAAGCAGCCUAUGUAUUUAGGAUUUGAAAAAGAUGUCUUUAAAACUAUAGCAGAUUACUAUGGUCACUUGAAAGAGCCUCUACUUACUUUUCAUCUUUUUGAUGCCUUUGUAAGUGUAUUAGGUUUGUUACAGAAAGAGAAAAUGGCUAUUGAAGCAUUUCAGAUUUGCUGCCUCCUCCUGCCACCUGAAAAUAGGAGAAAGUUACAGCUCUUGAUGAGGAUGAUGGCAAGGAUAUGCCUAAAUAAGGAGAUGCCACCACUGUGUGAUGGCUUUGGGACCCGAACACUGAUGGUUCAGACGUUUUCCCGUUGCAUCUUGUGUUCCAAGGAUGAAGUAGAUUUGGAUGAAUUAUUAGCUGCUAGGUUGGUGACAUUUCUGAUGGACAAUUACCAAGAGAUUCUGAAAGUCCCUUUGGCCUUGCAGACCUCCAUAGAGGAGCGUGUGGCUCAUCUACGAAGAGUCCAGAUAAAAUACCCAGGAGCCGAUAUGGAUAUCACUUUAUCUGCCCCAUCAUUUUGCCGUCAAAUCAGUCCAGAGGAAUUUGAAUACCAGAGAGCAUAUGGCUCUCAGGAACCUCUGGCAGCUUUGCUGGAGGAAGUCAUAACAGAUGCCACACUUUCCAGCAAAGAGAAGAAGAAAAAACUGAAGCAGUUUCAAAAAUCCUAUCCUGAAGUCUACCAAGAACGAUUUCCUACACCAGAAAGUGAAGCACUUCUGUUUCCAGAGAAACCGAAACCCAAACCACAGCUGCUAAUGUGGGCACUAAAAAACCCUUUCCAACCAUUUCAAAGAACUAGAAGUUUUCGGAUGUAGUACUUCCAUAGCUGUUAGAGAUCUCUGUUGUUGUUGCCUCGAGCAGAUGGGUGGUUAGAGGACUAUGGCGGUGGAAGAAAGAAGAGCAGACAAUAGAGACUACUGAAAUAUAAAGUGAAUGGACUUCUAAAAAUGUUGAGCCAUUAUCAGUAUUUUUGUAAAGCUCAGUGCUAUUUUUAAAAGUGUAAAAAUCAGUUAAAAUUUAGACAAAUAUAUAGUGUUAAUGUUAACGUGUUUAUAAUUGUUACAAAAUUUAAGGGUAUUUUUAUUUUUUUAUUUGUUGUUUUUCAUGGUGUUAA